GGGGGGAGUCGGGAGGUGGCAGUGGUGGUGGUAGGGGGGUGAGAUUAUGGGUCUGCGCCGGUGUCCCCAGUUAGCACCGUGGGUGUUUUGGGGGUUUGAACAGACACGGGACAAUUUAAGUUUGGGAUAAAGUACGCGACAUAGGGGAGGGGUCCUGGGUUGGCACAGUCCUAAACUUUCUUCUCUAAACAGUGAAAUGCACCCCUCUGUUACCAGCGUGCAGCGCGGUGUCUGUGGAGUUAAAUGGUUUCACGGCUUGUAAGCUCUUCUCUCAAAUAUGCGAAAAUGCGAUGGCAGUCAAGGCUUUUUUUUUUUUUUUUUUGGUUUUUUUGGCACGGCGGUUCUUCGCGAGCGCCGGUUGUAAAAGAAUUGUGCCUUGUUGUGCUCCCACCUCCCCUCCCCUCUCCCCUCCUCUCCCCUCCCCUCCUCUACCCCUACCUCCCCCCCUUCGCUCUGUGCCGCACUGGUUCCGUCUGGCUCGCCCUCAGCUGCUGCGUGUCCUGGGAUGACCUGUUGAUGUCGGUAGAAUGGAGAAUGGCAGGGGGAGCGAUUUCCCCCAUCACCCAAAUAUUUAAAUAAGCGACAUUUGGUGCUUGACAACCGGCGUCGCGGCACAGCUACCACGUCCCGCACAGGCAACCCUUUGGUGGUGUGCGUUGGCGCACCAUGGCCCAGACCCUCCAGAUGGCGAUCCCAAACUUUGGCAACAAUGUUUUGGAGUGUCUGAAUGAGCAGCGGCUGCAGGGCCUCUACUGCGAUGUCUCCGUGGUGGUCAAGGGCCAUGCCUUCAAGGCCCAUCGGGCUGUGCUGGCUGCUAGCAGUUCUUAUUUCCGCGACCUUUUCAGCAGCAAUAGCGGAGGUGGUAGCAGCAACGAGACGAACCCAACCAUAGUGGAGCUCCCAUCGGCAGUGCAGCCCCAGAGCUUCCAACAGAUUUUAGCUUUCUGCUACACAGGCCGUCUCAGCAUGACGGUGGGGGACCAGUUUCUCCUCAUGUACACUGCUGGCUUCCUGCAGAUCCAACAGAUCAUGGAAAAAGGCACGGAAUUCUUCCUCAAGGUCUCCUCCCCCAGCUGCGACUCCCAGGGCCUUCAUGCUGAGGAGGCCCCACCCUCUGAGCCCCAGAGCCCUGUAACGCAAACCAGUAACGGUGCAGCCCGACCGACAUCCUGCCUGACGCCGCUCUCUCUGGUAUCACGAGUGAAGACAGAGCAGCCAGCUAGCCAGCCAGAAGCAGCCACACCUUACUCAGUGGUCUGCACUCCUGUAGCCAAGCGGCUGUGGGAGGGUGGCAGCAACCGAGAUGGAGGUGGGGUAGGCUCAGGAGGAGGAGGCGGGGCCAGGAAGGCAGCCCGUUAUUCCCAGGAGGCGGUGCGGGGCAGUGCGAUUCAGAGCCCCGGAGCACUCGGACUGGCCAUGGGUAUGGGUGCCACCGCAACCAGCCUGGCGGGCAUGGUGGCCAGUGGCGGGCUUAGUGGCAGUGCCGGCACCAACGGGAGCUCUGCGGCAGGUCUCGGCAUGUCAGAGGGCGCCAGCCCCGGCACCUUGAGUACGUACGCCAGUGACUCACCCAUCAGCUACCAUGAUGAUGAAGAAGAGGAAGAGGGAACAGAUGAAAGUGCUGAAGAGCAAUAUAGGCAAAUCUGCAACAUGUAUACCAUGUACAGCAUGCUCAACAUGGGAGCUGCAGCAGCUGGCGAGCGGGUUGAGGCUCUACCAGACCACACAGAGACACGGGGUCGGAUGCGAGGCAGGGACCUGACGUGUCUCCCCGCAGAACUCAUCGCUCAGAUAGGCAACCGCUGUCAUCCCAAACUUUACGAGGAAGGCGACCCAGCUGAGAAACUAGAGUUGGUCUCAGGUACUUCUGUGUAUAUAUCGCGAGCCCAGCUAAUGAACUGUCAUGUGAGCGCAGGGACCAGACACAAGGUGCUGCUGAGGAGGCUGCUGGCUGCCUUCUUUGACAGGAAUACUCUGGCCAACAGCUGUGGAACAGGCAUCCGCUCGUCCACCAAUGACCCCAGCCGCAAGCCCCUGGACAACAGAGUCCUGCAUGCGGUCAAAUUUUAUUGCCAGAACUUUGCCACCAGCUUCAAAGAGAGCGAGAUGAACGCCAUCGCGGCCGACAUGUGCACCAACGCCCGACGCGUGGUCCGCAAGAGCUGGAUCCCCAAGCUGAAGUUACUGAUGGCUGAGAGCGACGCCUACACCGCCUUCCUCCCCGACGGCGUGAAGAUGGAGGACGACACCCUAGGGGCAGAUCCUGCCUUCGACCCCGCCUCUCUGGAGGCCGCCGGCGCCGCUGGCAUUGAGUCGGGCGGUUCAUCAGGUGAAUCGCUAACGGGCGUGGGCGGGGAUGGAGGACCAUUAUUUUGAACAUUGUGUCAGGGGGGGAAGGUUGAAAUUUGGUGACACGCAUACCAGUAUUCCCCAGUUCUGCUUGCCUCCUCACUCUUUGGCCCACGCUGAUCUCUCACUUCUGACUGUCUAUACUACACCGCUAGGGUCAACAGCUGUUGUUACCCUGAUGUAACCAGGACAUGAAAACUUAAAUUUCUGCUUUAUGACUGUACAAUGGAGUUAGUUGAGGAAAAGGGAGAGAGUAAGAGGAUGUUUUUUCCUAACUGCCCUCUGCCUCCCCUUGUCUUUUUAAGGUGUGUAAGCGCGUCCACUGUUGCAUAUUAAAUACAUUCCCUGAAAUGCAGGUGGUGGGGGGGACUCCUGAGGAGGAAGGGAUGUGCUGGAUGGACAGGCUAGGAGUAGGUUGAGUAUAUUGAAUGUAAGUGUCAGUGGCAUUUUUGUCUAUGCAAGCCUGACAACUUGUAUUCCAGCCCUGGAAAAGGAAUUUAAAAUAGAGCCGAUAAUAAAAUGAGUUAACACUACCUGUUCUUCCUCCCCCUUGCACCUUCCACUCAUCACCCUGCAAGUAUUCGUCACCCCUCACCACCUUUUUUUUUAAAACAGAGAAUCUCACCCGAGUGUUUCACUGUGCAGUGUCUUAUAGAGAUCUAUCUCAUCUCAUCUGUUUCUAAACUUUUAGCACGCUUCUCCGUCUACAAGCUGAAAAGUGAUCCAGAGAGAAGGGGGAAGGUUUUUUUUACUGAAAAGAUUGUAAAGAAAAUGUAAUGGCAACAGGUAAUCAAAGAUGGUCUUAUUUUUAGAGGAUAAACUAUAUUUAUACAAGUGCCCAUGCCUAGAACGGUAUGAGCAAAGAGAGAAAAAGGGAUUGUUUUAAAAUCUCGAUCUUCAUGUUUUAUUGAAAGAGGUCUUGUCAAAUAAGGAAAAGUGCUAUUUUUGCAGAAAAAGAGGAGUAUAAUAAAUCAGUCAUAUCAUAGGACCCGUAGUCAUUUAUUUUUAUCUUUAUUUGACAGUGCAGAGUGAUGGAAUGAGCAGUUGAACUGCUAAAUUUGAAGCAUUUCAUCUUCUGUUCACGAGCUUAAAAGGAAUAAGACUGAUUCAGCUGGCUUGACUGUUGUCUACGAUAACCAUUUCUUGUUAGGUUGUGAACCUGCAGCGUUUGCCUCCUUCGAUAAAACAUUGGCCCACAAUUUUGAAGAUGACUUGUAGAAACAUUAGGGUUAUAUUGAUGUGACAACUCAGCUACUUUCUUCCUUCUACUGAAAAAAAAAACUGCUGACAUGUUUGUGCAAAUGCAAAAGUCAUAGGAAAUAAUUACAUAGACUAUUGGAACGUGCCUUUUUAAUUGCAACCAAUAAGCAGAAGCCUGAUGGGUACAGUGACAUCAUGAGGAGGCAAUAGCAAAAAUAGUUUUUAUGGUACUAUCCGUGUGUGUGAAGCAGUUCUUUGGUAAAGAAGAGAGUCUGUAUGGUGUGGCUGUGUCUUAUGGUAUGUAGUUUAUUCAUGUAUCGAAUGCACCACCUCUUUAAUUUUGCACCUUCCAUGAGAGGUAGAGUGGAGGAUUCUGCACCUUAAUGAGAAGAACCAGUGGUUCAUGCACCUUUUUUUUUUUUUUUUUUUGAGAAAUGUUGUGUAGCAACUGAACCCCUGUAGGUGGAAAUUUUUUUUUUUUUUCAUGUCUGCCUGUGUUUCUUGUUUAGAAGUGGCACAAACUCCUACUGUAAAUAAUCGAGAAGACUGUUAAUUUGAGUUAAAUCCCAAGUGUUCUUCCUUUCUGUUGCUGGAUGCAUCUGAUUAUGAAAUGUCAACAAUUGACCUUUUUUUAUGUUAAAGUUUGUGUUUGCUACAAGACUUUUAAAUGCACGUUGACCUGCAGAUUACAGGUCAGUACAGGGGAUUCAUUUUUCCUGCUUCAGGUGGUCUGGGUGUAACAUAGGAAUGUGUUGUUAACCUGAAAUGCUCUCACAGACAACUGAUGACUUUCUCCUUCUGGAGAGGCAUUUCUAAGAAGGUUCUUUUUUUCUUUUUUUUUCUGAAGACAGGUACAGCGUAAAAAACGGGAAAAGAGUUAAUGCUUCUUACUCAAGGCAGUUGAGUCAAUCUUAUUGAAAGAAUCACUAGAGGCAUGAUAGAUAUAGCUCAACCUAUUUUCAUGAUUGAUUUAAAACUAUAAGAAAGAGUUUAUUUAAUUAUUUUGACCUGAGUGUGCAUGGAGAGAACAAAAAGCAGUACCUUGUAAGUAUUCUGUUAUGGGUAAUGACAACAAAACCUCAGUAAACUUUGCAUUUGACUGUAGGUGCUACAUGAGCACCCCUCCCCCACUUACCUCUCCAGUAUCUUUGAAGACUGUUGUGCUUCCUGUCCUUCAUGCAGCUGGUGUCAUGUUUCACUUCUACAAGUUUAUUCAUGUGUUUCAGAGAGAGGCAAAGCAGUGGUUUUAGCUAGUUUGAUUUGAAUUGUAACACGUAUGUUUAAUUUUCUUAGUGGCUUUUAACCAAGUCAAGUUUACACAGGUUCAACGAAGCUCAAAUUACAUCCUCAUGUUUCCCCUAUUUAUUGAUUAUUGCAGGUGUAUUUAAGUUACCAUAAUCCCUUAAAGAGUUGAUCACAUUAUGUUACGCGGGAAACCUGUUAUUUUAGAUUUGAUAUACAUACACUCAAGGUUUUCAAAAUAAAUCCACUAUAAUAGCAGAUUCCUAGGAAACUGUGCAGAGUUAAAGGACCAAGAGGAAUGUGUUCCAAGUCCAAUCAAUAGGACCUCUGCAUUUAAUAUAGGGAGUUUUGGGACAUUCAAUCUAGUAAUGGAAUUGAAUUCUGGAAAAAAAUCUAGCUUUUUUAAGAUCUCAUUUAGCAUAAUGUCUACUAAAUCUGUCAAUGCUCCUGCCUAAAGAAAGCCAGACAUGACAAUAGCCAAAUUACUGUUCCAAUGUCUGAAUUUAGUUCCAUUAUUACUGGAUUGUUAUUGAUUGUGUCCUUCACUCAGGUAUUAAUAAAACCUGGGUAUAAUUACCAUUGGCACUCUUAAAAAAAACAGCGAGUCUCCCAUAGAAAACAAAAAAAGACAGAAGAAUGAGGAACCUUUAAAAGUGAGGGAAAAAAACAAGGGCUUAAAUGAGUUUCUUACAAUAACCAUGUUACGCAAACCGAAGGACUUGUACUCCAUUCUGAGUCACUUACUGGAACUGAAAUAUCACCAGUGAAUCAGCUUUUGAUUCUGAGGAAGGCAUGUUAGUCUGCUUUCACAACACAGCAGCUCAGCCCACAUCGAGACCAUGUCCACGGUCCGAAUAUCCUGCUGUUGCGUCUCAUGAGCCCGGCAUAGAAACACUGGUUUAGGGCCUGUGUUGUGAUCAGUCGAACAAGUGAUGUAGAAAUAACUGUGGUUACAGUACAUGUCAGGGGUUUUUACCUAUGGUCAGCUUUCAGGGCCGACUCUAGUACAUGUUCAAAAAGUCCCUCAUUCACAACCUACUUGCAUCUGUGCAGUGGGUGCGUGAGUUUUACUUUGUAUGCGUUUUGAGAAUAGCGAGCUUUCAUCCUUUUUUUUUUUCCUUUUCAGUACAUUCUAAGCAAAUUGUAAUUUCUGUACCUUUCAAUGUAUGUAUUUACACUUCACAACAUGUGUAGACCUACACACUUGAAUGGAUGAGGUGCGGCACGGCAUGGGGAACCUUUUUGUCACUAAACAGUACAUAUAUAAAUAUGAUUAUACACAUGUAUAGAUAAAUACUGUAUAUUAUAUAUAGACGCACACAUAGAGGUCAGAUUGUUUGUUGUGCACUCGCAGCAUGAGGUAUAUAUUUACCCAGAAACAGCGCUUCUUCACAACCUGUGCAGUAAUUGGUCUGCCCAUGUCUUUGCCCCUGCUCCUUACCCUCUGUAACCCUGUAGCACCAGUGGACAUCCUGUACUGCUCAUCCUAUUCUUUCUGUGUUCCAAGUGCCAAUAACUUUGUGAAAGCCCUGUAACUGUGACCCAACAUUAUCAAAGGUAAUUGCACAUUAACGACUGUAAAAUAAAUAAAUACAAAUCAUAGAGAAAAUGUCAAAAAUGGAUUAAAUAAUGAAUAUCUUAAUAAAAAGAUUUGUAACAA